GGCUUCCUGUCCAUCCUGCCUAACAGACAUGACCGAGCCCAGGGAAACGGGACACACUCCAGGAAGCCGCCAGGUGCCAGACACACCAGCGAGGCCCCAGACCUCCAGGGCCCUGGCUGUGGAUCCAGAUCCUGCUUCCAAGUGAUACUUGGGCCAAAUUGGGGACUUUCUUGCAAGAGACGACACAGAAAGGCACGCACGCUGGGACCAGGCAGCUCUGUGCAUCUCCAGGAGCUGAACACCCAGGCGUCCGGGGCGAGCCAGGAUGGAGAACACUUCUCUCAUCGACGAGUACGAGCACUAUGGCGACGAGUCCGAGAUUUUGGGUUUCCCCGUGGACUGCGUUGAUGGCAGCUGUGUCUCCAGCAAGCCCCUCCGCGUGGUCUCCCUCUUGCUGUACGUUGUGGUCUUCCUGGUUGGGGUGCCGGGCAAUGCCAUGGUGGCUUGGGUGACUUGGAAGGAGGCCCGCCAGAGGGUCGGUGCCACCUGGUUACUCCACUUGGCCGUGGCGGAUCUGCUCUGCUGUUUGUCCCUCCCGGUCCUGUCGGUGCCGCUGGCCCACGGAGGCCAAUGGCCUUAUGGGGCUGUGGGCUGCCGGGCCCUGCCCUCGGUCACCCUGCUGUCCAUGUACGCCAGCGUCUUGCUGCUGGCUGCUCUCAGCGCGGACCUCUGCCUAUUGGCCCGCAGGCCCAGCUGCUGGGCUGUGGCCCAGAGAGCCUGCAGGGUGCAGGUAGCCUGUGGGGUGACCUGGACCUUGGCCUUGCUGUUGACCGUGCCCUCGGCCAUCUACCGCCGCCUGCAGCAGGAGCACUUCCCAGCCCAGCUGGAGUGUGUGGUGGACUAUGGCGGUUCGGUCGUGGCCGAGAUCAGCGUGACCGCCAUCCGGUUUAUUUUUGGCUUCCUGGGGCCACUGGUGGUCGUGAUCAGCUGCCACAGUGUCCUCCUGUACCAUGCGGCCCCACGCCGCUGGCCAUUGGGCACGGCCAUUGUGGUGGGCUUUUUUGUCUGCUGGGCCCCCUACCACCUCCUGGGGCUGGUACUCACCGCAGCUGCCCCGCGCUCCACGCUCCUGGCUCAGGCCCUGCUGGCCGAGCCCCUGGUCGUGGGCCUUGCCCUUGCUCACAGCUGCCUCAAUCCUGUGCUCUUCCUGUAUUUCGGGCGGGCGCAACUUUCCCGGUCACUGCCAGCCACGUGUUUCUGGGCCCUGAGGGAGUCAUGGAGCAAAGAUGAAAGCAAGGUCAGCAAGAAAUCCACCAGCCAUGACCUUGUCUCAGAGAUGGAGGUGUAGGCCGGAGGGAAACUGGUUUAUACCCUACCAUCCCGUGUCACAAAACUGGCUUCAAGCAUAGGGAGAUCCAGGGGUCAAUGAGAGCAUCAUUUAUUCUGCUAUUCACUGAGCAAACAUUUAUUGUGCACCUGCUAUAUGCAAAGCCCUAUUAUAGACACUGCGGUAGCAGUGACCAAAACGGCCACAAAUCCCUGUCCUCAGGGAGCUGGCAUUCUCAAGACAGACUAUGACCAAAGAAAAAAAGAAUAUCCCCCUUGGGUAAGGUGAUAUUUGAGCCAAGAUCUGAAGAAGGGAGGAAGGACGCAUGUUUAAAUCUGAGGAAAAGCAUUUCAAGCAAAGGGAACAGCAAUUGCGAAGGCUCUGAGGCAGAAUGUGCUUGGCAUACUCCAAAGGACAGUGAAAACGCCAGUGUGGAUGGAGCAGAGAGAGCAAGAGGGAGAGGGGUGUGAGAUGAAGGGAGAGGGGUGCAGGGUGGGGGUGGGGGACAAACUUAGAAAGCCUUCUAG